AUGCCGCACGCCCGGUUCAUGAAACCAUUCUGUCGGAUGAUCAACAUAGAUCGGGAAGCUACUGACAAACUUCUCAAACAAGAGUUUUUGGUCUUGGUCAUGCCCUACCUCCACUGGGAAACAAGGAAGGCGUACGAGGACAUGCUCAAGGUGAUUGACAAGGUCAAGCAACGCAGCGAACCUCGCAGCAAUCAUCAGGGGGGAAAGCCAAAAUCCUUGGAGAUCCCAGAUACGACUUUCCAAGACGACAGGGAGCAGAUUCAAAUUGACAGGAAGCUGAUUCAGAAAUAUCUAUCUGGGUCGUCUUUGCACAUUCGCCGCACCCUGGACCAAUCUUAUUACUACACUCUCGCCGAUACCAGACUUCGAGAUCGAGAUAAGGAUCAGGUUGUCUAUCGAUACACAAAACAACUGCGCAACAAUUCAGAGAAGACGCCCGACACCUCUCCUCUGCAAAGCAUGCAAUUGGAACCAUUGAUGCUCAUGGUAGACCAAUGCUGGCUCUGGAUUCUGGAUGGAGAUACACUGCUGACAUGCUUCCCUCAACGAUGGGGCCAAGACGUCAAAUCAAAAGACGAGACUGAUGUGUUUCAGAGCAUCUUUGCUUAUCUUGAGCCGCAGGAACAUCUCAACCGGAUCAUGUGCGUCCAAGAUCUGGCCUUUUUCAUCAUUGACAGGUGUGCUGGAAACGUCCUGAAUCCAUCCCUAACGAGAGGAGCAACGUCCCAAUUUCUGGAGAUAUUUUCAAAGUCUAUUGGCGCCUUGGCGGAUAAGCAGACUAGUCGAUUCCGUGAACUGAUGUCACAGGUAGGACUUGAGGGAGGAAACCUUGACGAUCUUUUCGAUGUCUAUCCAGAGUUCACAUUACUCGAUGAGAUCAGGGAUGUUAUCGAAGAGCUGAGCAUGAUUGAGAAUAUCAACACCCAGCAAACUGAAGCCAUGGAGGAACUUAAAGAUAAGCGGCCGGACAAGUACGGGAAUUCACGUCCAACUAGGAGGCCCCGGCAUUUGUAUGCACCGGUCAUGUAUCCGGUACAGUUACAUUCGAGAUCGAUUGGCCGUAGAGCCACUGUCGAGAGCUUGUUCAAAAGUGCUCACCAGGUUUUGCAACUCCUUGAUCUGAAACAGAAGCAAGCGAAUGUGUCGGAAGCACGAUCUGCGCGAAAGUUUGCUGAGGAGACAGAAAAGCAGGGACAAUCUAUCCUGCUUUUCACUGUGGUCACGAUCUUUUUUCUUCCAAUGUCGACCCUGGCUUCCAUAUUCGGCCUGAAUGCGAAGCAGUUGAAUAAAGGCGAAAUGUCGCUUGGCAUCGUCUUUGCUUAUAUAUUUCCGAUCUCGCUUCUCGUCUUCGCGGCAUCCCUAUAUCUGGGAUUCAAACACAGAAUGCUACAAACCUUUUCCCGUCCACCCCAAGCCGGAACCGCGCCCAAGAAGCCGAACCGCUCUCUCAGUUUCUUCCGUCGGAUGCGAAGGUCGAACCCUAAGGCAGAAGAGCGUGGUCGGGACCCACAGGUCUAG